AUGGAUCAAAAACCGAUAUACGCUGAAGCAUCUGGAAAUAAGUUCCUAAUUUUCGACUAUCUGGACAAAUAUGAGCAUGAUUUUGAUGAGAGUAUUGUUCGUUAUUAUCAUCGGUUAUACGGUUUUGAGAAAAUUGAUUCUUGUCUUGUUCUUACAAAAGUCAGCAGUGAAUCUGUGCCAGCUCAUCUCCGGGAUUUGAAUUCUUCUCUCCUAAUGAGAAUGUACGUUUACGAACCUGGUGAUGGCUUUUGUGGUAAUGGAGCCAGGGCAGUUGCAAAAUAUUGCUUUAAUUAUCAUAAAAAUUCCUAUGAUCAAUUUUUUAUUAUAUUGGAUGGUCAGUCGCACCACCUUCUUCAACAAGGCACUGAAUAUUUCGUUGAAAUGGGUAAAUCAGUAUAUGAUGACCCAGAUGGUAAAUUUGUUAAAAAAGGUGUUUUAAAUAGCGAAGGAAAAUUAAUUACUGAAGACGUUACUUGGCACUAUGUUAAUACAUCGGAACCUCAUCUUGUUACUCUUGACAAAAUUGAUGACGAAAAACUUAUUAGUAUCGGUAAUUCUUUGCAAGAUCCGAAUCGAUUUACAAUUGGGAUUAAUCUCAAUAAAGUUUCGGUUGUUGACAAAUCUACAAUUGACGUGGUCACUUUUGAACGAGGCAUUAAUCGCAUAACUUUAGCUUGUGGAACCGGUUCGACAAGCUGUGUUGCUUUAGUAAGGCGUUUGGGAUUUAUUGACAAAGCUAUAAAUAAAGUUACAGUUAAGGUGCGGGGAGGAUACGUAGUUGUUUCUAAUGAAAAUGAUAAUGUUUAUCUUGGUGGUCAAAGUGCGGUUGAAGGUGUAGACGAUAUUCAACCUCCUAAAAAUUAA